AUGACCAAUAAACAAAUACCACACAAACAAUUAACAAUUGUUAUCAAAUUGGGCUCAUCUUCAUUAGUCGAUGAAGUUACCAAGGAACCAAAAUUAUCCAUCAUGUCCAAAGUUGUGGAAACAGUAGUAAAAUUAAGACGUGAUUUCAACCACAGAGUUAUUAUAGUUUCAUCUGGCGGAAUUGCUGUUGGUUUAAAAACAAUGAAUUUAAGCUCGCGUCCAAAACAGUUGCAAAAAGUUCAGGCAAUUGCUGCCAUAGGACAAAGUAAAUUGAUCGGUCGUUGGGAUUCCUUAUUUCAACAAUUUGAUCAAACUAUUGCACAAAUAUUAUUAACCAGAAAUGAUAUUGCUGAUUGGUCACAGUACAAAAACGCACAAAAUACAAUGGAGCAAUUGCUACAUAUGGAUGUUGUUCCAAUUAUCAAUGAAAAUGAUACAUUAAGUGUCAGCGAAAUUAAGUUUGGAGAUAAUGAUACUUUAUCAGCCAUUACCGCCGGUAUGUGUGGUGCAGACUAUUUAUUCCUAUUAACUGAUGUUGACUGUUUAUACAACGAUAAUCCACGAAUUAAUCAAGACGCUAAACCAGUCUUUUUGGUUAAAGAUAUGAAUGAAAUCAACGGAGUGGAUGUUUCUAGUGGAAGUGGUAGCGAUGUUGGUACUGGUGGUAUGUCUACUAAAUUAAUUGCCGCCGAUCUAGCUACAUGUGCUGGUGUACACACCAUCAUCACUAAGAGUGAAGAUCCAACAAACAUCUACAAAAUUGUCCGUUAUGUUCAAAAAAUAGAUAAUUUUCGUGAUAAAAAUAUAGAAUCACAGGAAAUCACAAAGAUUGAAAAAGGUGAAGUUCCACUGCAUACCCUCUUUUUGGCUCAAGAUAACCAACAUCAAGUUAAAUCCAGAACAUUUUGGAUUCUACACGGUUUAAUUACCAAUGGUGCUUUAAUUAUCGAUCAAGGUGCUUACAAUGCUUUAACAAGGAAGAAUAAAGCUGGAUUACUACCAGCUGGGGUUUUAUCAGUAGAAGGUACUUUUCAUGAAUCCGAAUGUGUUUUAUUAAAACUAGGUACUAGAAACCCAAAGGGCGAGUUGGAUAACACUAAACCGAUUAAAAUUGUUGGUAGAGCAAGAGUUAAUUAUACAAGCCAGGAACUGAAUAAAAUUAAAGGUUUGCAAUCAAGUGAUAUAGAAAAAGCUUUGGGCUACGUGGAUACUGAGUAUGUGGCACACAGAGAAAACUUAGCAUUCCCUCCACACUAA